CUUAUUUACCUUUUUGCUCAUUGGAUGCAUCUGGAGCUAGCUCGUCACUAUUCUGGUGUUACUUUUCUUUAUAUUUUAAUAUCAAACAAGUCAGAAUACAUAAUAACGUGACAUGGUUUGGUUUUUUUCACACAAUAGAAAGACGUUCAAAAAUAGCCUGAAUAGUCAGCAUGCUUAUUUACGUUGAGUGAGAUGGCCAAUAACCUUAAAUAGGCCAGAGAACUGUCUUAAUCAAGGAAAGCAGACUCAAUGCAAUAUUGAACUAUCAAGUCACUACAUCAACACGGGCCUCAUUAUGGAUAAAUUUGUCGUGCGGUUACCUAAAGGACAAGCACCAACACCAACGAAGAUCAAGGGAAAGGUGUAUAAGCAAACUACAAUCGAGUCACUGCGGAGAGUGGUCGUGAUUGAGGACAUAAUACGAUACAAGUCAAUGUUGGAAUUCCCUGGACAAACAAAGGACAAUCAUCUCCAUGCCUUGGCAGAGCUUCAAAAGAAGAUGCCAUCGAGAGAGGUGUUGAAGUCAACGAAAAUAGGUCACACCGUCAACAAAAUGCGAAAGAACUCCGACCCAGAGGUGAGCGCAUUGGCAACACAGGUUUAUACUGACUGGAGGACCUUCAUUGAAGAGAAUUCCAACAAGCCCUCUAUCGAAGUCCAUUGUGACAAACAGUCAGAGGCGCUCCGGACCAAUGCUAGAAGAUUGAUGGCUGAUGCUUUGGAGGUGAAGAUGGAUUCCAGCCUUAUCGACAACAUCGAGAGAGAAGUAUUCCAUCAGAGCUCGCGGUUGGUCAGCAGUUCAUACAGGCGCACUGCCAGGGCGCUGGUGUUUGCCUUCAGACACAAGCCUGAGGUUCGAGCUCAACUGAAGGACAGCACAACUUCAGUUACCCAGCUGGUUUCCAGCUAUAAGAAGUAACUCUCUGACCCUGGUAAAAGGACUGGACACGGACCCCUGGUGAUCUCGAUGAAAGGAAGUGGGGAUAUCUUUUUGUUGUUCUCUUUUGAAAGCAUUAUUUCUUGUAAUAGAAAAUCUUUCAUGAGAUCCGUAUUUUGGCACACAUUGAGCCUUUUACUAGUUGUUGCUUGUAAAGUAUUGUCGCAAAGGUAUGCUAUUGAUUUUGCUGUUCUGUUUUGGACCAAAGGAGAAAUAUACUUCCUUCUUUUUUAAGCGUCAUGGAGCACAUAACAAAUUAAUGUUUUUAUACAAAAGAUCCAAAAUUGAGUCGGUGUCCUCUGUCGUGAGAUGUUUCUCACAGUUUGGAGCGAUGGAACUUUCUUUUAAAGAAGCACGAGCCAGAUAACGGCUAUCACCAUGAGAAUGACAGCCAGUACGCAGAUACUGAUGAAGACGAUGUCACUGGGAUCAUGAGGCUCCACCGACACCACGCCUCCGUCUACGCUGACAGAGUUCUCCGCUUGGCGAGCCACCUCGUUGAGACGGUUGCGUUCCUCCGUCGAGAUGUGGGUCACGGUGGCCUUUUUGCGCUGCGCGUCGCACAGCACCUCGUACUCCUGCAGGUUGUUCUGCUUUCCGUCUGAGAAGUCGAUGUAGAGGGUAUUCACCAGCAUGGUGAUGUUCUGACGUUUCUGUAUGGGGUUACAGUGAGCUGCACUAUGUACGUUUCUCGAGAACAAAACACGGCCAUCCACUAGUCAAUCAAUCCAGGGAAUUUUUCUCUUCAAAUCACUAAUUCUUGCCUCCCAAUCCACACACAGACACACAAGGGGUAAAUGUCAGAUGACAGUUUGAUGUUUAAAUAGCUUUAACUGUAGCUGCAUCUCCAGCCACUGGAGGCUGCUAAUUGGAGGACUACCGGUAACAUUGUGCAGGUUUAAGACUUAUGUUUGCCUUCCCUGGUUAAUGUAUAUAUAUUUACAUGCUAAUACAAUUGAUAUUUAGUCAAAUACUUGUUUAUUAUCAGUUCAGUAUAAUUUACUGCACUUUACCAAUGAGGUUGCUUUAAUGGAGGGCUUGUAUUACCGAAUUAUUUAGUCAUUUUGGAGACGCUUUUAUCCAAAGGGACUCGCAGGGAAUUCCGAUACAGGGUUAGUAGGCAAUUCGAUCAAGGAUGCCUCUGGCUACAGGUAUGCUGUGGUCAAUUGGGAUCGAACCCAGUAGCUUUCAGCAUGGAAUUGAACACCUUCGACACUACAUCAACUUUCCCUGUAGGAUACCCAUGUUCUAUGAUGAAUCAUUACCCAUAAGAGACUGAAAUAAUUAAAUUAAAUUUUCUUACCUGACCAGCUGUACCACAGUUUUCGAAGCGGGCUAAUAUCUUGUAGGACGUGGCCGUCAACAGGGCUGUGCAGGGCGGGUUCCCCAGGUAUAUGCUUUCACGACCCAGCUGUGGCAGCGACUGCACCGCUAUCAAGAUAGAGAAUUCCGAUCUGGUGCAGCUGAUGUUUACCGGAACAACUUUUUUGUAGAAUUUGAGCAAUUUUGGGAAGGGAGGAGGAAUAAACGGUUCACAAUGGUUUAGAGUCAAAAGUAUGGAGUAGGAGUAGGCAUACAAUGCAAAAUAAUCCACUUUUUCAAGUUUCUACUUGUGGCAUCUGAAGCUGUCGCCGCCCUUAUUUGGCCUCACAACAGGCUUGUUUCGUUAUUGUUUUUUCCUAAGUUGGUAACUUUGUUAAUGAGAACAUAUAACACCAGCCAACUUCUGAAAAGACCCUCACCCCCAACGUAGGCCGCCGAGAAGCCCUUGCGCGCCACGUUCCUGUCAGUGUUCAGCACCACCAGCAGCCUGUUAGCCUUUGAAGUAACGGAGGGGGGAUGCUCCCCGCCACACCAGCGCCCCAGCAGGGGGGCCAGCUGGCUGUCGCCGUCGUAGACCGCCACCGAGUCAUAGUCGCAUUCGUCCGUGAGGCUGUUUCUGUCCUCGAGCUCCACAAGUGGGAAGAACAGUUUGAUACGGUACCCCGCUGCCAGUGUGACGGUCCAGUGACAGUUGAUGUUGUUUGGGUAGAUGCCGGGGAAGUGUGGGCUGCUGAAGUUCCCACUUAAGGCUGACAGAACCUGCUGGCACUCACCUGUCAAGGUAGAAGUUGUGUUUCAGAAAGAAUGUGAGUCAAAAUCACUGCUGUGCUGUUGAAGUUCACUUGAGGGUCUGGCAUGUUCAUUUCUAUAUACCAAAACUAAUUAUGAUAACAACGUCUGAAGCCUUUCAGAAACUAUUUGGAUUGACUGAGUUGACAGGUUUUGGGUAACUGGUUUAUAAGAGACUGCACGUUGAGUGUUUGAAUCCCAGCCAAAAGGCCCUGGGUUCAACCUCAAUGUCCACAGUCAACCUGUUAAACCAAAAUGCAUUGGAUGGAAGAAUGCUGCAGGAAUUAAUACUGAACAUUAGUCACUUAACGUCUACUGUUGACAAAUAGAACAUCAACGGUUCACCUGAGUAAUAGUACGCCUUAAACCCUCGUCCCCCGAUGUUGAAGUCGGACUUAAAGACGACUAGCAGCUGGUUGGACGUGGUCACCGUGUUGGGGGGCGGAUCCCCACCGCAGAAGUUCCCCAGGUGGCGAUGGGAGACCGUGGGGCCGUCAAACAGGGCCACAAAGUCAAAGUUGCAGCCUUCGUUGUUCUCCAGCUGGAAGUCGAGGAAGACCAGGCUGACCACGGUGCUGUUGGACACGUGGAUGGUCCAGGAGCAGUCUGCACUGUUGCUGUAUUCCCGAGGGUAGCCGGGGCUGGAGAUAAUGCCAGACAGGCCUGUUAGCACCCCUCCACACGUGUCUGAGAAAGAUAGGGCAGGGGGAGCCAAGAAGCCAGAAGGUAAUGAUUCAUGGCUCUUUUUAAUUGGACGUCAGGGGUUAUCAUUUCACACAGCCUAAAUUUGCUGUAUAAACAAACAGUGCAUAUUACUAUUUGGAAAUGAACUAUUAAACGCCCUAUUCAGUGGAAGUUUUGGUAUUUUUAUAAUGUCUUUCAUCAGACAUCUGCAAAAAAGUUGGAGGGUUUGUUAGUAUACCGAAACAAAGUUGCCAACCACUGUGCUAUGGUCUACAGUAGACAAGAGGGCAAUGUAAUUGAAUGAAAUACUUGUACGUCUAACUCCAGUGUAGGUAUGUAUCAUUAGUACGUGAUACAGCCACAGAAUAUUUGUGCUUACAGAAGUAAGCAAAAAUACAUGUUUGUUGCAAAUAUAUGAAAAAUACCUACAUUGAAUGAUUGUAUUAUUUUUUUGGAUGGUAUCAUAGUAUUGAAUUAAUUCAGCUGUAGGUAACCCAAUUUCGACGAAGAGAACUCUUGAUUCCUUUUUUGGGAACUUCAAGGAGGGAUGAAGAGGAUGCACAAAAAAUACAAAGAGAUUUAUAAGGAAGAGGUAUGAAAUAUAUUGGGGAAGACAUCCAACAUAUCUUUUUCAGGUGUGUAUUUUUUGUAUUUACCUGCCAUGACAGUUUAGAGGAAUACUAAGUUUUAACUUACUGGCAUUCGGUAUACUUAAGCAGUGUGCAUCCAUGCCUGUGAGUGCUUUAUCAACAUAACUCAGAAGUAGGCUAAUGUGUAAAAGUCUCUGUCACUUUACUUUAGUAUCAACCAAUACGUUGAAGUCAUAUCAUAACUGAGCAUUGGAUAUUUUUAUUCAUUCCACAUUUCCUCCAAUCCAAAAUCCAGCGACUUUAUUAAUCCCAGACUGGAUAUU